AAAUUUUUUUGUCUCUAUAUAUCAUCAUCAUCAUAAUAAUUAUAAUCUGAGAUCUCCCUCUGACACCCUUCCAAAAGAUCCUCUGAUCAACUACUUCCAAAAAUACAAAAAAAUAAAUAAAAAUAAAAUAAAAAAAUUAAAUUUUUGUUAUCCAUUCCCUGUUUGAUCCUUCCGAUCCAAGAACAAACUCUGUCACAAUCAAUCUUUUAUGUAUUUUCACAGCUAAGCUUGUACUUGAAUUUUGUUACAAUAAUAUUUAUGUUAAGGUCCACAUAAAUAUACACAAAAUAAACUAGGUUCAAGGUAUGCAAAAAAAAACACCUACUGUGCCAUAUUCUCUGAACUCAAAUAAAGGGUAUUGUUUUCUUGUUUUUGGGGACAAAAUUUCUGGUUCAAAAUUUUUAGCCCAUACCCUUUUGGUCUUUUUUGCUUAACUUUUGCAGGUUUGUUGUUUUUUUUACAUAUUAAUGGUGUCGAGUUCUUGUUGUGCUUGUGGGGUUGUUGUUGUUGUUGUUGUUGUCAUAAUAUCAAGAAUUGGAUUUGGGGUUGUGGGGUUUGGUUAUAAUAAGGUGAAACUGAAUUUGAGGUUGGGGUUUUUGAUGAAUGUGUUGUUUGCUGGUUCUUUUGGAUAAAGGGAAAAUUGAUAAAAAUUGAUAAAGAUUCAAACUUUAUCAAGAUUCUUGGAUUAUUUAUAUGUUUUAUGUGAUUCUUGGAUAGUUUUAUUGAAAUUGUAUGCAAAAAAAAUAAAUAAUAGAAUAAUGGUUAAACCUUGUUGGAAACCUUCUGUUGAGGGGGAUGGUGGUAGUGUAGGGAGGGGUGGGGAUAAUAGGGGUAGGGUGGAUGGUUUAAUGUGGUAUAAGGAUUUGGGGGUUCAUGUAAAUGGAGAAUUUUCAAUGGCAAUAAUACAAGCUAAUAAUUUGAUGGAGGAUCAGAGUCAGCUUGAAUCAGGGCCAUUGAGUUGUCUUGAAUCAGGUCCUUGUGGAACUUUUGUUGGUGUUUAUGAUGGACAUGGAGGACCGGAGACGUCUCGUUUUGUAAACAACACUUUGUUCUCCAAUCUUAAGAAAUUUGCAACGGAGCAUCAAGAAAUGUCUGCAGAUGUGAUAAGAAAAGCUUUCUUGACAACGGAUGAAGAGUUUUUGUCUCUUGUGCGGCAACAAUGGUUUGAGAAGCCACAACUUGCAUCAGUGGGAUCUUGCUGUUUGGUGGGUGUAAUCUGCAAUGGACUACUAUAUGUUGCCAAUGCCGGAGAUUCACGUGUGGUGUUAGGUAGAGCAGAAAAAGCUGCAAGGGGUGUGACGGCUAUUCAGUUGUCAAUGGAGCACAAUGCUAAUAACGAGUCUGUGAGAGAUGAACUUAGAUCAUUGCAUCCCCAGGAUUCACAGAUUGUGCUUCUCAAACACAAAGUUUGGCGUGUGAAGGGUAUCAUACAGGUUUCACGGUCGAUUGGUGAUGCCUAUCUUAAGAGGGCAGAGUUCAACCAGUCACCCCUGUUGGCAAAGUUUCGAUUGCCCGAAUCCUUCUCCAAGCCAAUCAUCAGUGCGGAUCCAUCAAUUUUCAUUCACAGAUUGACUUCCAAAGAUCAGUUCCUCAUAUUUGGUUCAGAUGGUCUCUGGGAACAUCUUAGCAAUCAGGAGGCUGUUGAUAUAGUCCACAGUCAACCCCGAAAUGGUCUAUCGGAAAUGAUCUCUCUACCAGACUGUAGGGGUAAGGUCUGCUUACACUACCCUCCCCAGACUCAUCGUUGUGGGUCUACACUGGGGAAUAGCACGGAGACUAAUUAAAGCUGCGCUUCGAGUGGCAGCUAAGAAAAGAGAAAUGAGAUAUUCAGACCUGAAGAAGAUCGAACGAGGUGUAAGGAGGCAUUUCCACGAUGAUAUCACGGUUGUGGUUGUGUUUCUGGAUCCCUAUUCCAUGAAUAGAAGCUCGUCUCACAAUCCGAUACUUUCCAUUAGAGGAGGAGGCGGGUUACCCCCCUCUCCCAAACGAUAGUUCCCAAGACACUUUCCGGAUUCCCACUUCAGAAAAAAAGAGCGCUCGUCUUUUGGAAGCCUCGAGUUUCUAGUAUGUUUUCUCCUCCAGUUUAUGUUUCUUAGGCUUGUAAUUUAAUUGCUAUGUGUUGUUAUCUUCCUUGAUUAUCGUUUGAUCGUUCCCUCCUGAACAAUGUAAUGUCUGGCAACGUAAAAACAAGUACCACGAUAUAUAGACAUGAAAAGAAGUGGAACAACGUUAGCAGGAAGAGUACUUUUGUUAUGUUCUGCAGUUUUCGUAAUUUGUAAAUAGGAAAAAUUGUUGUGUUGCCAA